ACGCUCCCAUUGCAAUACAGUGUAAGAGGGAGUGGUAAAGUGUUGAUAUAAACAUUUUUGUUACUCUAGAUAUAAGAAUCUCCCCAUAAGCAACCUUUUGUUCAACUUUUAUGGCAUCGUGUCGUGGGUGGCAAGAACUGCAUAGAUAUUAUUACGCUCCCAUUUUAGUUUCUUAUUAUGUUCAUUUAUGGUAAACGGUGAAACAAAAAUCAUCUGUACAAUGAAGGGAACAUCAAGUUAGUGUACCUUGUGUUUGUUCACCUCGACAUGAAGGGAACAUCAAGUUGGAAAGAGGACUUCAGACAGAUGAUACAGAGGGAUGUUGAGGUUAGGGACACAGUUCUUGGGGUGGAGUACUUCUCAGAUGUUUACAACUUGGAAGGACCCCAGUACUAUGAAGAGAAUGCACUGGGGGCAUUCCUGUAUUCUGCAAAUGCCAUUUCGGAUGUGAAUGGUUGUAUCCGGAAGGCCUUCAAGCAAUAUAUGAAAGAUGAUGAAAAAGGGAUGAAACUUAUGACACGGGAGCAAAUAUUUGAUGUGCUUAUUUCCUUCUUCCCGCACAUGCUUAUUGAUGUGUAUGAUUUCCUUGUAAAGAAGGGCCUUCCAAUUGACGACGUACUUUGAUUUGAUUGAUGCAGGGGCAAAGUUUAAUGUCUAGGAAAUGAGUCUUCAUAGUUGUGAAGAUUUAUGCUACUUUUAAGUCUCAAUAUGUGUAUUAAUAUGGAUCCUUCCAGAUUCAAGUACCAAUUACCGAGGGGCUACUUUGUAAACUUCCAGAGGUUCUUCUGUAAACUUUGUUUUUCAGAAUUUAGACUUCAAGGCAAUAGACCCGAAAAACAUAUUCUAACAUAUUCUAGUAAUUUCUGUAAGAGAUAAUUUUACUAGUCACCACGUAUUGUGUGUGGAUCGUAUCUCACUAGUAGCUUGA